AUGAUAGACAAUGUUACUGCGGUGAGAGCGUUCACUCUGCUAGGGAUCAAUGAGACGAUGAAUUACAGAGCUACUGUCUUUGCAAUGACUUUACUGUAUUACUCUGUGAUAUUGAUCGUCAACAUCUCCCUUGUCACAAUCAUCAUCUUUGAUGAGAACCUGCAUGAGCCGAUGUAUAUUUUAUUGGCCAGCUUCUGUGUGAAUGGACUUUAUGGGGCUUCAGGUUUUUACCCCCGAUUCCUGGUAGAUCUGCUCUCGUCCACUCAGGACAUCUCCUAUGAAGGAUGCCUGCUGCAGGCCUUUGUGAUGUACUCGUUUGCCAGCUGUGAAUUGUCGAUACUGGCAGUCAUGGCCUACGACAGAUAUCUGGCCAUAUGUCGGCCUCUGCACUACCGCUCACUCAUGACGAAGAGGAGGCUCAGACACCUGAUAAGCUUCUCGUGGCUCACCCCCUUCUGCAUCUUCUCCAUCAGCAUCAUCCUCACGUCGAGACUUAAAUUAUGUGAAUCUCAAAUUAAGCGGCUGUUUUGCAUCAACUGGCUCAUCGUUCAGCUCGCUUGCGCCGACGCCGACAUGCUCGCAAACAACAUCGUUUCAUACGCAACUAUCAUCAUUUACUUGCUGCAUGGAUUUUUCAUCAUUUGGACUUACAUGCACCUGAUAAGAACAUGUGUCAAAUCCAAAGAGGACCGAGUGAAGUUCAUGCAGACGUGUGUGCCUCAUGUGAUCUCCUUGCUGCUGUUCUUGGUUGUGAUGCUUUUUGAUUUGAUGUACAUGCGUUUCGGCUCAAGAGAUUUACAUCCGAGCACUAAGAAUUUCAUGGGGAUGGUGUUUCUCAUCAUUCCUCCAAUCCUGAAUCCGCUCAUUUAUGGAUUUAAGCUUGGAAAAAUACGCACCAGAAUCCUGGGUCUGAUUUUUUUAAAAGAAGAAAUUGGCCUCCGUCUUUAUUAA